UGCUACAUAUAUCCUUUCACACGUGCGUACUCCCCUCCGGAGUCUCUUAAGAGUAGUUAACGUUGUCACGACGACGGUUCCAGUGAUUUGUCAGUAAAGACUCCGCUGGCUGGGAGUUGAGAUCGUCUAAUUUGUGGCUGCUGCAAAAUGUGGGCUAUCAGUGUCGUGGGUGUGUGGAUGUUGUUGUUGGGCAUACCAACAUCUCUGUACUUCUACCUACGACGGCAGUUUUCGUUCUGGUCCGAUCGGAACGCACCAUACAAGGAGGCGCACUGGCUCUUUGGGAACUUCGCAGAGUUCGUACGCGGUAAACGGUCCCUAGCCGAGGUCACCCUGGACCUUUACAAGGAGUUCAAGGGCUCGAGAUUCGUGGGAAUAUGGGAGUUCCAAUCGCCCUCUCUCUUCGUCCUCGACCCGGAACUUCUGCGUGAUAUUCUUGUCAAGGAUUUCGCGUCCUGGUCGAGCCGAGGGACGGCUGCGAACGUAGACGUCGAUCCGUUGUCCGCGAACUUGAUCCAUCUAAACGGAGACACGUGGAAGUCAGUUCGGGCAAAACUGACGCCCACGUUUACAUCCGGAAAACUCAAGCAGAUGCAUUAUUUGCUGCUCGAGUGUGGCAAGGACUUCGAAAAGUAUCUCAACGCUGUUGCAACUGACGGAAAACCCUUAGAGGCCAGAGAAAUGAGCGCCAAGUUCACCACGGAUGUUAUUGGAUCGUGUGCCUUUGGCAUUCAGAUGAACUCUCUGAACGACGAGGACGCACUCUUUCGUCGUAUGGGAAGAAAAAUCUUUGAGUCAUCGAUCAAGGGGAAAAUUGUCAGGGCGUUUCAACGCCAUUUUCCCAAGACAUUCAAGUUCCUGAAUCUCUCGGCACACGAGCAAGAGCUCACAGAUUUCUUCCUCAAGAUAACUAAGGAGAAUCUCGAAUACCGAGAGAAGAACAACUUGCAGAGGCACGACUUCAUGGACCUUCUUAGGAACAUGCAGAAUUCUGGGGAAUCACUUGGCGAGGAUGAUGUGGUGAUCGAUUACCGAUUUUUGGCCGCUCAAGCCUUCGUCUUCUUCGCGGCCGGAUUUGAGACCAGCUCAACGGUCAUCAGCUUCUGCCUCCACGAGCUGGCCGUAAAUCAGGAUAUCCAGGAUCGACUUCGAGACGAGAUAAACAAAACGAAGGCUGCCAGUAACGGCGAAGUCACGUGGGAUGGUUUAAACAGCAUGAAGUACCUCGACAUGAUUAUUCAAGAGACCCUGAGGAAAUAUCCUCCCAUUCCUGUCACUGCACGGUGUGCUGUAAAGGACUACCGCAUACCCGGAACGGAUAUAGAAGUGCCCGAAAGGACGGGGUGCAUUGUGCCCAUAUACGCCCUCCAUCACGACCCCGAGUAUUAUCCUGAACCGGAGAAAUUCAUCCCCGAGAGGUUCACCGAUGAAGCCAAAAGCCAGAGGCCAGCUUUGGCCUAUCUACCCUUUGGAACUGGACCCAGAGUUUGUAUAGGCUUGCGGUUCGCUGAACAGCAGACGAAGCUGGGACUCGUCAAGCUGAUCGAGAAUUUUAAGAUUACACUGAGCGAAAAUUCACAGAAUCCACUGCUGCUUGAUCCCAAGGCUAGGUUCUUAGCUGCCAAGGGCGGAAUUUGGAUUCAAAUAUCCAGAAUAUCAUAAUAUAAACCGGUUGUGGAAUCUAACGAGUUGUUAUUCUCUGAAGUGAAUUUGAAAUUUAUGACUUGAGGCUAUACGCUU